AUGUAUUGUAGCGGUGAGCCCGAGGAUAUGACGAGGGUUCUGGGCGCUCUUGUGGCCCGAAAGUAUGCCGCGAUAGGCUGUAACGUCGCCAUCAACUAUUUCUCGAACAGAGAGGCAGCCGAAAAGCUCGUGGCACAGCUUCGGAAGCAAUACAAGGUCAAGACAAUCUAUAUCCAAGGCGUAGGUCAUGUCAUAGAUGUCGUGGUUUCCGACGCUGGCUGGAUCAAGGUCACCGUCUUUAGUGACUUGGAUGCUAUGGAUGAUGACGAUUGGGACAGGUGCUGGACAACGAAUGUCAAAAGCAGCUUGUACCUGUUCAAGGCGGCCCUUCCCACUUUCAACGCUAAACCUGAGGGUGGUGCUUUCAUUAUAACAUCAUCUACUGCGGUAACUUGCAUCGACUCCUCAGCCGUAUCCAGAUUGCUAAGCCUGGAACUAGGACUGCAUCUCAUGAAAUGUCUUGCACAGAACCAAGGAAGCAAAGCCCGCGUUAAUGCGAUGUUGCCCGGUAUCCUGCUUACUGAGUGGGGCAUGCGCUUCCCUCCCGAGGCGAUUGAAGCGUAUAAGAACAGGGUCGUUCUGAAGAAAACGGCUGACCUGGACGACACCGCCAAUGCGUAUGUCAUGCUGGCACAGAAUACGUCUAUGAUCGGACAAGCAAUUCAAAUCGGUAUGUGUUCCAGCCGAUACCAGUUCCUUCAGGACUAA